AUCGUAUAGCCAUUGCCUCUGAUUCUAAAAGGGCCCUUCUCUUUUUCGGAAACCUCCUUCUCUCUAGCACAGUUUUCUUAAAAUUACUUUCCAAGCAGGUUCCCAAAUUCUGAAAUCAAGGGUUUUUGAAAUUCAAUUAUCACAUUCUUAUACCUAUAACUACACACUUGCCGUUCAAUUAAUCUCAUUUCUGUGUUUACCUACUCUCUUCUCUCAACUGCUAAGCUUUGCCAUGGCUACCGAAAAAGUCAAACCCAUUGGCAUUGACUUGGGCACAACCUACAGCUGCGUAGCAGUGUGGCAAGACAGCCGUGUCCAAGUCAUUUCCAACGACCAAGGCAACCGCACUACCCCUUCCUACGUUGCCUUCACCGACACUCAGAGGUUGUUGGGCGAUGAUGCCAUGAAUCAGCGAUUCAAGAACCCUCACAACACUGUCUUCGAUGCCAAACGUUUGAUCGGUCGCAGAUUCUCCGACAUGUCUGUUCAGCAAGACAUGAAGCUCUGGCCCUUUAAGGUUGUCGCUGGGACCAGAGACAAACCAAUGAUUGCGAUCACCUACAAAGGCGAAGAGAAGCACCUUGCAGCAGAAGAGAUAUCUUCCAUGGUGCUGUUUAAGAUGAAGGAGGUCGCGGAAUCCUAUUUGGGUCACGCAGUAAGGGAUGCAGUUAUCACUGUCCCUGCUUACUUCAGCAACGCGCAGAGACAAGCUACAAAGGAUGCUGGGAAAAUCGCUGGUUUGAAUGUGUUGAGGAUCAUCAACGAGCCAACCGCAGCUGCCAUUGCUUAUGGAUUGGACAGGAAAGGAUUCAGAGAGGGUGAUCAGAACGUCCUUGUGUUUGAUCUCGGAGGUGGAACAUUCGAUGUUUCCUUGGUGACAAUUGAUGAAGGGAUGUUUAAGGUUAAGGCCACGGUGGGAGAUACUCAUUUGGGUGGUGUGGAUUUUGAUAACAAAUUGGUGAACCAUCUUGUGAAUGUGUUUAGAGAGAAAUACGGGAAGGAUAUCAGUGGGAACGCGAAAUCUUUGGUAAGAUUAAGGUCAGCAUGCGAGAAAGCUAAGAGGAUUCUGUCUUCGACUUCCCAGACCAUUAUAGAGCUUGAUUCUUUAUAUGAAGGGAUUGAUCUAUAUGCCUCUGUUACGAGGGCCUUGUUCGAGGAACUGAACAAAGACUUGUUCAUUAAGUGUAAGGAGACAGUGGAAAAGUGCCUGGUUGAGGCCAAGGUUGACAAGAGCCAAGUUCAUGAGAUCGUUCUCGUCGGUGGGUCCACUAGAAUUCCAAAGGUACAGCAACUUCUGAAGGACAUGUUCAGCGUCAACGGUAACAUCAAAGAGCUUUGCAAAAGCAUCAACCCUGACGAGGCCGUGGCGUACGGUGCUGCAGUUCAGGCAGCAAUUUUGAGCGGUGAAGGAGAUAAAAAGGUGGAGGAGUUGUUGUUAUUGGACGUGAUGCCAAUUAGUCUCGGAAUUGAGGGUGCUGGUGGUGCCAUGUUAGUGUUGAUCCCCAAGAACACCGUGAUCCCCACCAAGAAGGAGAGGGUUUGUUCGACCUGGUACGACAAUCAGAAAAGCCUCACGGUCAAAGUGUUUGAGGGAGAACGAGGCAUGGUAAAAGACAACUUCUUUCUCGGCAAGUUUGUCCUCCAUGGGUUCGAGCCAUCGCUAAAGGGAGUCCCACAAAUCAACGUUAGCUUUGACGUGGACGCAGAUGGCUUUGUGGAGGUGACGGCGGAAGAUAAAGCCACGGGUCUAAAGAAGAAGAUAGUGAUCAAUAACAAGCAAGGAAGGUUGAACCCGGAAGAGAUCAGAAAAAUGGUGAGGGAUUCAAAGAAGUAUAGGGCAGAGGAUGAGGUGGGGAAGAGGAAGAUGAAGGCAAAGAACGCACUUGAGAAUUUCGCUUAUGAAAUGAGGGAGAGAGCGAGAAGGAUCGAAGAGGCAGUGGAAGAAACCAUAGAGUGGCUAGAGAAUAACCAAUUAGCAGAGAUAGAGGAGUUUGAGUACAAGAAGCAGGAGUUAGGAAGGUAUCUAAAAGAUGAUCCCAAUCCGAAUAAUACCUCAAAUUCUGAGGUUAAGGUUCCUAUAUGGUGUACGUGGAGAUGUCCACCCAGUGGGUGGGUUUGUCUGAACACGGAUGGGUCGGUGUUUGAGAACCAUCGAACAGGGUGUAGCAGAGGUGCGUGCGGGGGUCUAGUUCGAGAUUCCGCAGGAUGUUUUCUAGGUGGUUUCGGUGUUAAUUUGGGGCCCACAUCAGUGAAGUUAGCGGAGUUGUGGGGGGUUGUUCACGGUCUGAAGUUAGCGUGGGAUCUUGGUUGUAAGAAGGUGAAGGUGGAUAUUGAUUCGAGCCAUGCUCUUGGUCUCGUUAGGCACUGUCCAGUGGGUAACGACCCAGCGUUUGCGGUGGUUCAGGAGAUCAAUGAGCUUGUUCGGAAGGAUUGGUUGGUGGAGUUCUCACACGUGUUUAGAGAAUCUAAUCGUGCGGCUGAUCGCUUGGCGCACUUGGGACACUCUCACUCUUUGCAAUCGGGUGGGAAGCGAUUUUCGGACCCUCCAUCUGCCAUUGUUGAUAUUCUUCGAGAUGACUUGGCAGGUCUUGCAAAGCAACGCGGCGUUCCUUAGUGCGGUUUAUCUGUAUUUACUCAUCCAUGGUUAUAAGUUUUUUUUUUUAAAAAAACUUUUCUGCUUUUAUGA